CUGCUCUCGAUUGCCAGUUGUCACGGGCCAGAUUCUCGCGUCCUCCCACCAUUUCGUCUUCCACUUGCCCAGGUGGCUCCUUCUCCCUCUUUCUUUUAUACCAAAGCCACCGCAGAGCACAGUCCAACUAGACGUGCUCACUAGGAGCAGGUCUCCAGCGCCCUUCCUUUCUUAACAAGCCCUGCCGUAACGCCCAACCCUUGCAAUUAUCUGUUGUAAAUGCAACCUGCUCUCUUUCUCCUUUUCUCCUUCUUCCUCGCCGUCCCAGUGCAAUCGCUGCCGCAUGGGUUGAGCUUUGCCGAGCGUGAUGUGGUGGAUCUUGUAGAGAGACAAGACGGAUCGCAGAAGGUGCAGACGGUGACGACGCAAAAUACACCGAAUGGCGUUGUUACUGAGACGUGUACGAUCACGCUGACGCCGACCACUGGUUCGGACGGCUCAGCGCAGGUGAUUGAGGUCAAGCAGUGUGUGGUCACAUCGUCGAAUUCCGGCUCGUCUGGCAGCUCGAGUGGCUCGUCGACCACAGCAUCCAGCUCUUCGUCAUCGUCUACGUCUAGCACAGCUGACGCUUCUAGCUCCUCAUCAACCUCUACAGACACUGCUGCGUCAUCGACAAGCACUGAUACAGCCUCUGUAUCAUCAAGUUCCACCGAUGCUGCAGCGACGUCUUCUGCAACGGCCAAUUCUCCCGUAUCGGUGAAUCCUGUAUCCAGUGUGUCUCCAUCUGCAGCCGCUACUUCGGCAGCAGACAACUCUGGCAGCACCACCGCCUCAACUGACGCCGCUAGUUCGAGCACUGCUGCAGCUUCGAGUACGGAUUCCGCCAUCGGCAAUGUGUCGACUAGCUCUGUCGCAGUCUCUUCAGCAGCGUCUUCGACCUCUUCUGCGGCAGACCAAGCGACUACAGUUGCGACAACAAGUUCAAGCGUGACGGUUGGAGGCGCAGCGUCUGGGACCGCUGACUCGGCAACACAGUCUGGAACUGCUGCCGCUGAGAACUCUUCUCAAUCCGCCAGCGCCUCAGCGACUCCUUUCGCGAUUCCCGGAAAGAAAUUAUCUGUCCUUCCCAUCGGACUGGGCGUAUUCGCUGGUAUCUCGGUGAUAGCGCUCAUUGUUGUAGCGUUGGUAACCUAUGAACGCACGAAGUACCGAAAAGCAUUUAGGCAGAGGAAACUAGCUGAAUCAGGCCAAGCUAUGGGAUAUGGUGGCAUGGCUCAACGCGGUGCAUAAUUCCAAAUAACGCUGAUCCGAUUCGGGACCAAACGGGUUUCCUCUCCAAUCCCUUUCUUCUUCGCGAAUCUUUCUUCUCAUCAUUCAUCAUUCCUCCCUCCGUUUUCUUCACUUCCCACCUCAUCGCUCAUAUAUAACCGCGCACAACUUGACAACUGAAUACUGAAUGGGAAUGAAUAGGGAGACAGUUGGCGUUAGCUUACCGGGUUCACUUACUAACUUACUGCAUUUUUUGAUGGCUAUGGCAACUGGUUGCUAUAAAUGAGAGAUGAGAUGAGCGUCUUCCUUUCCUUUUGUUCCGUCGUGUUGCGUUGCGGUGUUGUUUCAUUCCCCUGCUAUGCGACCCUUACCUAGGCCCCUUUCCCUCUUGGCCGCUCGUCCUCUCUUUGCCUUUUUGGGCUUGGUUUUUAGAGUAUUUUAAUGGGUGUAAGUCGUUGGAAUUGUGUUUACGUUCUUUUUAUUUCGUCGUUUUAUUGGAUAUAAAGCUUUUUUCACCCUUUACUUUUCUUUAUUUUCCUUCAUUUUCUUAUUUCGUCAUCAUCGUUUUUCGUGACGCUGGUUGACAUUGUUUUAAUUCUUUCUUGCCUCCUAUCCUUUUCACCCACAACAUCAUUACCACACUGAACCCCCUCCCCCUUUCCAUCCAUUUGUGGAUCUGCGACGAAACCAUAUGGCAUCUGGGUUUGUUUAUGAGUUUGUGUACAGGUAUAUUCGCUACUACUGCUCUGGAUUUGCUGAGACCUCGAAUGGACAGUCCCCCUUCU